UGGAUGAGCAGCAUCGCUGAGUUCGCUCCUCUGAGCUUUCUAUGUUAAUAUAAUUAUAAAAACUAUCGAAUAAUACAAUUAGUCUCAUUGGUCUCCUAACCAGAGACGAUGGGCAACGAAGGAAGCAUCGAGGGAAGCGGACAACCCGGAGAACCGGGCUCCAUCUCUAUGGUUGGAGCUCCCGGUUCGUUUUCAGCACCGGGUUCUGGACAGCACAUCAAGCCCGCCAAUGGUGCUGUUGCCGGGGGAGGAAUGGGUGGCGGACCGGGGAUGAAUAGGGUUCCUAUGGGGAGUCCUAAACCUGGGAUGCAGCUUGGCUAUGGAGGCAUGGCUGGAGGAAUGGGUGGUGGAGGAGGUCAGAGACUGGCCAACCAAGAGAGCCACAGGCCGUUGCAGCAAUCUAGCUCAGGCCCCGACUAUGGCUCUGGCCCGGGUCAGGGCCAUGGGCCAGGGAUGGGUGGUGGGAUGGGUUCUGGGAUGGGUGGCGGUCAGGGUCAGCAUGGCCAGAGCCUCAGUCAGCCCGGUCAGCACGCCUCCAGACGGAACCUCCAGGUGGACUUCAGCAGCUCGGGAGGCCGGACGGGUCGCUCUUCCUCAGCGUCUCCGGACCGGGGGAUCACCCCCACCUCACCCUACUCGGUGCCUCAGAUCGCCCCCAUGCCCGUCAGCAAGCUGUGCCCCCUCUGCUCCACCACAGAGCUGACCAAUCCGCCGGCCCUGCCAAACUACAACACCUGCACACAGUGCCGCUCCACCGUCUGCAACCAGUGUGGCUUCAACCCCAACCCCCACCUCACAGAAGUAAGUAAAAACCACUGCCUGUUAACAUGCUGACUCUAUUACAGCUAUAUCUAGGAUCAGUUAUCUAUACCUUAAUACUUAGGGAAUUAAACCAGUUUACUAAACAGAUAAGCUCUUAAGGGGCAUCAUGUUAAGUCACAAAAUUAGGCACAUCCUCAUAUAUCUAGCCUCCUAUUUCUCUCAGGCAGGCAUGCACAGUCAUUUUGACUUCUCCAAUCUCUAAGUCCCAGACAUAGAAAAGGCCCUUCCUUAAUGAGUAUGAAGGUCCUGUCCUCCGUCAGUGACCUCUGACCUCUUUCUCAAAGGGAGCCCAGCAGAGCCUGCUGUCAGUAGCGUCUCCGUCGGGCUCGCUCCCUGGUUUUUCAGCCUCUGUUUUGACAGCAGGAGAGUAACGGAGGGGCUGUCUCUCUGUCCUUCCCCUGAACAUGUGGGCGGCACCAGGCAGGUGGGUUUCAGAGAGAGGAAGUGAGGGAGGAGGCACCGUGGGGUAUUGUUUGCCCCGAGGAUGUGGGUGAAGCGGUAUUCUCUCCGGAGCUGUGAGAGCCUCCGAGGCACGGUGCCAAUGCCACUGUAGUGUUGAGAUGAGUUCUGGUCCCAACUGCCAUCAUGUUUUAUUGUGAGGGACAUUUAUAUGCAUUAUAUUCUGAGAGCAGAACCAGGGGAAAGAGAAUGUGGGGAAAUUAUGAAGAGAGAGUGGGA